AGAAAGCAAACAACAUUUUGUAGUUUGCGUGAUACUUGAAUAAAUGCAUGUUUUACACUAAAGUUAGAUAAUCAACUGGAAAGUGUCUAGUCAUGGUUCUCGAGUGCAUAUGUGGAUGUAUGGAUGCAGUGAUUGAGCUUCUAUCUCAUUUUUUCACAAGGAGAAUUUGUUGCGAGUGAAAGCAGACGAUAAGUCCACGAUGCCUAUUCUCGAGAUCUUCACCAAUGUUAAGGCAGAGGCAAUUCCAGAUGGUUUCUUAAAGAAUCUCAAUUCUGUCUGGCAGAAGGCAAUCGGUAAACCAAUGCAAUACAUGUGUGUCCGUCUGGCUCCCGGCGAGACGAUGAACUUCGGUGGAACCGCAGAACCUUGCGCUCUCCUCAAUGUGAGGUCAAUAGGAAAAUUGGGAAAGGAAGAAAACAAUGCUAUCUCAAAGGCUCUCACUGCAGAGAUGGGCAAGCUCGGUGUGGCCCCUGAUAGGAUGUAUGCCGUUUUUACAGAUAUAUCCCCGCAAGAUGUCGGUUUCAAAAACACUACGUUCGCAUUUCUGGCUUGAUCUACUGACGAAUGGCUGGUUUCUUCGGAGCAGCCCGGAGCUCGCCAACUUUCAAUUUUAAUGGAUUCACAACGGAAGUCUCCCUUCAACUCAGUUUUCUAUAUAUUAAGGGACAAAUCUCAAACGGGUUUUAAGAAGUUAUUAUUAUGGUUGAGUCUAAAUAUGGCCUGGUUAGAUGUUAAGCUUCUUCCUUAAGUAAAAUAUUUAGAGCGCAUAUUUAGGUUUAUAAUACACCGAUCACUCAUACGCACGUCACUCGGUGCCUCUUCUUUUUUUUUUUUUUUUGGGGGGGGGCGGGGGCAGAAAUGACGAUUCGAUUACGACACAAUACUUUCUUUACGAUGUUUUCGUUCUUUAAUGAUUAUCUUAUCAUUUAGCAUCCAAAAUCGGUCAGUAUUAUAAGUGUAUAUAUAUCUCUGUUUAUUAUGGAUAAGAUAUAUAAUUUUUUAUAAAUUUUUUGUUAGCUAAUGCUCUUUGUUUCAAAAUUUUCAUGAAAAAACCUCAACUAACUCCUGUCUAAUCGAUUGAUCAAAUACAGAGGAAAUAAACUGUUUAUAUAAAUGUUAUUUUGUAUGCCAUUUAUAAGGAAACGAGGUAAAAUAAAAAAGAUGUAUAAUGAUAA